CGGGUGCCACCAAGAUGCCGGCUUACCACUCUUCUCUCAUGGAUCCUGACAACAAACUCAUUGGAAACAUGGCACUCUUACCUAUCAGAAGUCAAUUCAAAGGACCUGCCCCCAGAGAGACAAAAGAUACAGAUAUUGUGGUUGAAGCCCUCUAUUACUUCAAGGUCAAUGUCUUCUUCAAAAACUAUGAAAUUAAGAAUGAAGCUGAUAGGACCUUGAUAUAUAUACCUCUCUACAUUUCUGAGUGUCUGAAGAAACUCCAAAAGUGUAAUUCCAGAAGCCAAGGUGAGAAAGAAAUGUAUACACAGGGAAUCACUAAUUUUCCCAUUCCUGGAGAGCCUGGUUUUCCACUUAAUGCAAUUUAUGCCAAACCUGCAAACAAACAGGAAGAUGAAGUGAUGAGAGCCUGUUUACAACAGCUAAGGCAAGAGACUGGUCUGAGACUUUGUGAGCAAGUUUUCAACCCGCGGAAUGAUAAACCCAGCACGUGGUGGAUUUGCUUUGUGAAGAGACAGUUCAUGAACAAGAAUCUUUCAGGACCUGGACAGUGAAGGGAGCCCAGGCAGCCACUGUCUCCAGAGCCCUGAGCAGCAUUUUCCAGCAAGAUAUACACAAUCUUUUGCCUUUAUUUCAUAAAGUUUUAUACAGAAGAGAGAAGAGCAUGUCUUUACUUGAAAAACUUGAUCAAGAAUUCGGGUGGGAGCAAAGAAAGUGGGUUAUCAAGGGUGAUUUGAAAUUUUCUGCAGUAUUAAGCUGGCACUUAAUAAGAAUAAGUAAUAAAGAAAUUUCUAACAUUCAAAAAAAUAACAAUUAGAAACUGAUAUAUUAGCAUAAAUAAUACAUGUUUAUGAAAUAAUAAUUAGGCCAGGUGUGGUGGCUCACACUUGUAAUCUCAACACUUUGGGAGGCUGAAGUGUGCAGAUUGCUUUAGUUUUGAGACCAGCCUAGGCAACAUGGUGAAACCCCAUCUCUACUAAAAAUACAAAAAAAUUAGACAGGUGUGGUAGCACGUGCCUGUAGUCCCAGCUACCUGGGAGGCUAAGAUAGGAGGAUCACCUGAGCCUAGGGGAUCGAGGCUGCAGUGAGCCAUGAUCGUACCACUGCAUUCCAGCCUGGGACAUGGAGUGAGACCCUGUCUCAAAAACAACAACAACAACAACAAAACAAACAGUAGCAUUGUUUUACACUUUGCAAAUCUAACAUCUGGAGUGGUACAAACACCUUAAGGUGUUACCAGUGAGUUUUGUGAGUGCAGGAAAAUCUGUGCCUUGCUUCUAGCCAAAAGAAUAUGGCAAAAGGGAUGAUAUAGUGACUCCCAUAAUCGUAUUAUGUUAUAUACGACUCUAUCAUAGCUGACUGGAGGGAGAUUUCCCUGCUGGCUUUGAAGAAAUAAGUGACCAUGUUGUGAGAGGACCAUGUGGCAAGGACCUGUGGAUGACCUCGAGUUUCUUAGAGCAGUUCUUAGUCAACAGCUAGCCAUUAAAUAAGGCCUUCAGUGCUAGAAGACACUGAAUUCUGCCUGCAACCAGUGAGCUUGGAUAAGGAUCUGAGCCUUAGAUGAGAUUGCAGCCCUGGCCAACUCCUUGAUUUUAGCGUUGUGAGACCCUGAGAAAAAACCCUGAGGAGCUCGUCUGAACCUAGACUCCCAACCCAUGGAAAACUGAUAUAAUAAGUGAGUGUUGUCUUAAGCUGCUAAAGUGAUAAUUUGUUACACAGUAAUAGAAAACUGAUAUAUAUGGCUUCUUACAUUGGCUUCUGCAUUCAACUGUUGCAACAUGUUGUUUUAAUUGAACUACAUAAAGAAAAUCCAGCCUCACACAGAUCAGUUAUGUAGCUGGAAAAGGGAAGGUUGUAUUGUAAUGGCUUUUUACAAUUAUCAUGAAUAGUCUUCUUUGCACUACAUCAAAACUCAACUGGUUGUAGUUUCUUAAAUGUUAGUUGGAAAGAUGUCCAAA